AUGAGCGACGGAACAUCACCUGAAGCCAGCUACCUGCACGAGUCGGAGUCCCAGUAUUGGGACUUUGGAUACGACUCGUACGGCGAUGAUGACCAACACGAUGAUAAUGGGCAGCCGUCUGACCAGCGCUUCGAGGUUCAGAAGACGAUACACGACCACUCAGAGAUAAUGGAGGCGACCGCGAUUAUCAUCACAUCUACUACGACAACAGACAACUUCAUCGUGUCGUCGGCUGGGCGCAUUCACGUCUACUAG